UCUCAUGAUCGGAGGUAGCAGGCUAGCUAGCUAUUCAUCCAGGAAGACGGUGGAUAUAUAGCUAAUAUUAGGUAGCCUAAUCUGUAGCGUGAAAAGAUGGCGGCGGGCAGCGUCAACCCGUUUAAUCUCAGUGAUUCCGAAGAGGAGGCUGAGCGGAGGCCGGAUGGGGCCGACAACGAUCGCAGCCCAAGUGAUGUACCGCCGCAGAGCAGUGGUCCCCUUUCCCCGCAAGCGGAUUCAGAGCCAGCGGCGCUGCUACUGUCCAGCAAUAGGACGAGUCCUAGUGUGGAGGGUGUUUCUGUUUCGGCUGCUGCUGCAGCUAUGGGAGGCAGCUCAGAGACACGAGUGUCUGUAGAUUCGAUAGCUGCUCAGCUGCUCCGGGACCAGUAUAUUCUCACGGCCCUUGAAUUCCACACCGAGCUUCUAGAGGCCGGCAGGGAGCUCCCUCGAUUGCGAGAUUACUUCUCGAAUCCAGGCAAUUUCGAAAGGCAAAGUGGAACUCCACCCGCUUGCAAAGAACAGGGACUCGGUCCAGGAGGACAGCUUAAUCGAGCCGGCAGCAUCAGCACUCUCGACUCCCUGGAUUUCGCCCGUUACUCAGAUGAUGGGAACAGGGAAUCGGACGAGAAAGUCGCAGUCCUGGAGUUUGAACUACGGAAAGCCAAGGAGACCAUUCAGGCUCUGCGCGCCAACUUGACUCAGGCAGCAGAGAGUGAAGUUCCAUCGCAGGAGCGAAAGAACUUCAAAUCCAGUCCUGAAAUUCAGGAGCCCAUCCGCCCUCUUGAAAAAAGAGCACUGAAUUUUUUAGUCAAUGAAUACUUAUUGAAAAAUAAUUACAAACUUUCGUCCAUCACAUUCUCAGAUGAAAAUGAUGAUCAGGAUUUUGAGCUAUGGGAUGAUGUAGGAUUAAACAUUCCGAAACCCCCUGACCUCCUGCAUCUGUAUCGGAACUGUGGAACCAGCCUGCCCUCGCCACGGGACACUGUGGAUAUAGCUGUAGGGGUGGAAGCUGAGGAACUGCUGGGGAACUCCAUUACCCAGGAGCCUGAGCAGAAAACGGAGCUUGCACAGCAAUCUGCUGUGGUCCAGGAGCUGGAGCACCAGAUAAGCCUUCUGAACAGUGAGAAGCAGAGUCUGGCCGAACAAAUCAGGAAGCUGCAGAGUGACAUCCAGGCCCUGAAGAAGAACGUCUCCAUCCCCCUGGCCGUUUCGAUGGAGUCGGGGAACCACAAAGCGGACCAAGUGCCUGACUUGGGCCCCCCGGAUAAUGGACAGUACCUCGACAUUGGAGGGGCCCCGGGGCAGAACGAUGUCACAGACUCCAUAGCCUUGAACACUAAUAUGGACUCAGUCCUGCCCACGCCCGCCACACCGCCCACACAGCCUCACACAAAGUUAAAAGACCCGGCACCUCAAAGUAAAGGGCCUGUACAGUUUGACCAGCCCAACAGAAAGCUGUCUCCUGCAUUUCACCAAGCACUUUUAUCCUUCUGUCGAAUGUCUGCUGACAGCCGGCUUGGCUCUGAGGUGUCCCGCAUCGCGGACAGCGAGGAGAGCGUGAUGCUCAUGCUGGGCCGCUGCCUGCCGCACAUCGUCCCGAACGUGCUGCUUGCCAAGCGAGAGGAGCUGAUCCCCCUCAUCCUCUGCACUGCCUGCCUUCACCCUGAGCCCAAGGAGAGGGACCAGCUGUUACACAUCCUCUUCAACCUUAUCAAGAGGCCAGACGACGAGCAAAGACAGAUGAUCUUGACAGGUUGCGUGGCCUUUGCUCGGCAUGUAGGGCCCACACGUGUGGAAGCAGAACUCCUACCACAAUGCUGGGAGCAGAUCAACCACAAGUACCCUGAGAGACGACUGCUGGUGGCAGAGUCAUGUGGCGCGCUGGCCCCCUACCUGCCUAAGGAGAUCCGCAGCUCGCUGGUGCUCUCCAUGCUGCAGCAGAUGCUGGCGGAGGACAAGGCUGACAUGGUGCGGGAGGCGGUGGUCAAAAGCUUGGGCAUCAUCAUGGGCUACAUCGACGACCCAGACAAGUACAGCCAGGGCUUUGAGCUGAUGCUGCUCUCACUGGGGGACCCCUCGGAACGAGUGGUCAGUGCCAUCCACCAGGUUUUCAUACCAGCCUUUGCCGCCUGGUCCACGGAGCUGGGCAACCUGCAGUCCCAGCUUGUGCCGACCCUGCUGGCGCGCAUCGAGAAGCUGCUCAAGGACGGAGAGCACGGGCUGGAUGAGCACAAGCUCCACAUGUUCCUGUCCGCUCUACAGUCCCUCAUCCCUCCUCUGUUCGCCGAGGUGCUGCGGAACGCCCCCUUCACCAGCCGAGCCAAGCUGCAGGGCGACACGCCUCCCAUCGAGGUGACCAGGUUCCCUCGGCCGGCGUCACCCCUGCAGGACGUGGCCACCAUCAUCGGGAGCCGGGAGCAACUGGCCGUGCUGCUGCAGCUCUACGACCACCAGCUGGAGCACGAGGGGACCACCGGCUGGGACAGCCUGCUCUGGGUGGUCAACCAGCUGCUACCCCAGCUCAUAGAGAUUGUCGGGCGGAUCAAUGUAACCUCAACUACCUACGUCCACGAGUUCUCUCGCUUCUUCUGGAGGUUAUGCCGAACGUUUGGGAAGAUUUUCACAAAUGCCAAGGUAAAGCCACAAUUCCAAGAAAUCCUAAGGCUUUCAGAAGAGAAUGUUGACACUACAGCUGGGAAUGGCAUUCUGACAAAGGCUACGGUACCAAUCUAUGCCACUGGGGUCCUGACCUGCUACAAUCAGGAAGAGGACCGCAAGCUUUUGGUGGGAUUCCUUGAAGACGUUAUGACAACCCUGUCUUUGUCACAUGCUCCCUUGGACAGCUUAAAGGCAUCCUUCGUAGAGCUGGGUGCAAACCCAGCAUACCAUGAGCUGCUUCUAACGGUGCUGUGGUAUGGAGUAGUCCAUACCUCGGCUCUUGUUCGCUGCACAGCAGCUCGAAUGUUUGAGCUGAUUCUUCGAGGCAUGAGCGAAGCCUUAAUUGACAAGCGAGUAGCCCCGGCCCUUAUAACCUUGUGCAGUGGUCCUGAAUUCUCUGUAAGGAUAUCAACCAUACCGGCAUUUGGUACAAUUAUGGAGACUGUAACACAAAAAGAGCUGCUGGAGAGAGUGAAGAUGCAGCUGGCUUCCUUUCUGGAGGACCCUCAGUACCAAGACCAGCACUCUUUGCACAUGGAGAUCAUUAAGACGUUCGGGAGGGUGGGGCCCAACGCUGAGCCCAGAUUCAGGGACGAGUUCGUCCUUCCUCAUUUGCACAAACUGGCUCUGGGAAACAACAUGCAAACAGCGGAGACCAAAAGGCUGGACAUCGCCACCCAGCUUUUCGAAGCCUACAGUGCUCUGUCUUGCUGCUUUAUUUCCGAAGAGCUGAUGGUGAAUCACUUCCUGCCUGGACUGAAGUGUUUAAGAACUGACAUGGAGCAUCUUUCCCCUGAGCACGAGGUUAUUUUGAGCUCCAUGAUUAAAGAAUGCGAGCAGAAGUUGGAAAACAAGAACAUCCAGGAGCCACAAGGCUCUGUGUCAAUUGCAGCAAGUCUUGUGGGAGAAGACGCCAAGACAAAAUUUCUGAACAAGAUGGGCCAGCUGACCACUUCUGGCGCCAUGUUGGCCAACGUGUUCCAGAGGAAGAAGUAAGCUGCUGGGGUGUUUCCCAUGAGCCUCCACUGUCUGCAACCUCCUACUUGAAGUCAAUCAUCUGCCUUUGUUUUGUCUGUCUGUUAUGUUAGUGUCUGUUUUAUUUCUUAUUUAUGGGUUCUUAUAACUUUAU